UGUUAUCCAUUUUAACCCGUAAUAAAAGAAUAUCUGGAAGUUGAAGAAUGGUCACUAUUUUGUCGUCCUAAAGUGUAUUCUAACGUAAACGCUCAGGAAUGGAUGAUGACGAAAAGGCUGGUAGUAAAGAUCUUUUAGGAAGACUCACGGAUAGUGAACUGAAUGAAUUGAAAGACACUAUCACAAAGAAGCAAAUAUCGGCUUAUGGACGAAAAGAACAUAUCUGUGCCAUUGUGGCCUACAGUGAGUCUGCCUUUGAACUUCUCCAUAGAAAGAAACUCAAGCGAGACGUCCUCUUCCAGUAUUUAGCGGACAGCAAUGUUGUUGUAUCUGUCAACUCUUCCAAGGACACACUCAUCAAUGCCAUCAUCAAGUUUUGGAAAUCCAGAUCAAGUCAAAAGAAUCAGAAUGAUGUCCAAGGCGUAAAACCAGUCGGACAAUCACAGCAGGAUGUCCUAACAGCAUACCAACCCCGACCACAGGCCGAACCUCAGGCUCACACUCAUUCUGCCUCUCCACCACCCAAUAUAUCCAUUACUAUAAAUAUAGCUUCUCCGUCUGCUACAUCGCUUUUAUCAGACCAAGUAGGAGUAGCCUUUGCCACUUGGUUUUAUGAAAUGUUAAAUUCACAGAACCCGAUGUUACCUAAUACGUCAGAAGAUUUUGGUCCCCAUCAUUUCUGGCCAGAUGUGAACUUCAAGUUGCUGUGCUUGACCCCACAUCCAGUUGAAGAGGAAAUCACUGGUGCAGAACCGACCACACAGAGGUUGUUAUCUCUCGUCAAAGAUGAACAGCUGCUAUUUAAUCCUAACAUCAGUGAGGAGGGAUUACAUGUCAAGUCCAAUCCUCACGGACAACUUGUGCUAAUUGUUUGCGGGACGGUCCACAGAAGCAACGACUGCUUGGGCGAGUUUGAGCAACUGUUCGGUCUACUCAGAGACCCUCGUUUCGACAACAAUUGGAAAGUGAAAUUCACGAAGUUAAGAAUUAGAACUUCACAAGUCACAGCAAUGCCAAAGUUGACAGAUCAGGCAGUAAGUGAAGUGACAGCUUUAGUUCCGGUGUAACUACAUUUACUUGACGAUCAUCGAAAACAACGUCUCCACUCUCGUUAACAUAUCUUUUCUCCCGUCAACAUCCCUGGGAAUAUGUCAUGACAAAUUGGGAGGCUCUUGAUGCAAUAACUUGGGGAUGAUACAAGCAGACUAGUCCAAUGUCUUUGAUGAAGAUGAAGGAAUCCCAAUGGCAGUGUUAUGGUAAAAUCAACCGGCUUUGGAGUUUUGUGCAGCUCCUCUGUACUCUUCAAAGGACAAGUAUCAGGCUAUCAACCAAUCAAAUAGCUAACUGCGAGCCUUCAAUUUUGUCAUGACACAUAGAUAUGUGUACGGAGAUUAGAACUAUUGGAUUUCGAAGUUGUAUGCUCGACAUGCUAAAGGUGAUAUAUGUCAUACAUUUACUGUAGCCUGGUGAUGUCACAGGAAAAAAAGUAAACGAUGUUAUGAUGUCACAGACAAAAAAA